AUGACAGAAUCCUCUCGACCCCAUGUCCUUGUCAUCGGCGCAGGCAUAGUCGGCGCCUCAAUCGCAUGGCACUUAUCGAAGGUCACGAAGGUCACCAUUAUCGCCGAAGAUAUCGGUGGGCCAGCCAGCGCAGCUUCCUUCGCUUGGUUAAACGCGAGUUCAGCCACCGAUAAGUCCUAUCACGACUUCCGUGUCCGGUCCUUGAAGCGAUGGAAGGAAAUUGAGAGUGAACUUCCUGGUCUGCCUGUUACGUGGAAUGGGUCCGUUAAUUGGCAUAAGCCGUUUGGAGUUUUGAUGGAUAAAGAGACUACUUUAACAGGCUGGGGCUAUCGUGUCAUGCGUAUGACGGGGGAUGAAAUUGGUUCCAAAGAGCCUGGGAUCAAGGGUGAAAGUCUCCCGGAAUGGGGAUUUUACUAUACUGAUGAGGGUGCUAUUGAAGCUCAUGUCGCGGCCCAGCAGAUGGUCGCCGACGCAAAAGAUAAGGGCAACGCGAAAGUGGUCAAGGCUAGCGCAAAAGCACUUGUCAAGACUGAUGGCCGUAUCACUGGAGUAAUCCUUGAUUCCGGGGAGGAAGUUCACGGCGGUCAUGUCGUCGUUGCAGCAGGUCUCGGCACAAUCCCUCUGCUUGCGACAGAAGGCAUCGCCAUCCCGAUCCGCUCCGUGCCAGCCUUGAUCGUCAACUCCAAACCCGUUGAUAAUCAAGUACUUAACAGUCUCGUCAACUCAAAGUAUCUGUACAUGCGGCAGACCAAGGACGGCGUCAUCCGAGCGGGCUGCGAAAACCCAGGUGACGACCCUGGCGAUGAUCCGGAGAAAACAGCACAAGAGGUGUUCAAAAUACUUCAAAACACUCUGGUUGGGGGCGACAAACUCGAGUUCGACUAUUUUACUGUUGGCAAUAAACCGACGCCUGAAGAUGGUCUUCCGAUUAUUGGGCAAACAGGUCUAGAUAAUGUGAGCGUGGCGGUCAUGCACUCCGGGGUGACGAAUGCGGCUAUUGUUGGGGAGUUGGUCAGUCAACAGAUUCUAACUGGAAAGACGGAUACUGCUAUUGAACAAUUCAGGUUGGAUCGGUUUAUUAGAUGA